AUGCUCUAUCAAUUGACAUUCUUUAUGAUCGGGACACCGUUGAAUGUUUGGGCUUUCAUGAGGACAAACAGGCACAUCCGAGCCGGCGGAGUGGAGAGUCGUUUGGUGAGAUUGAGUCGGCAGCUUCUCAUCGCUCACAUCAUUGUGCUCUUCGUUUACGGAGUUUGGCGGAGUUAUUGGUUCUUCAACAUUGUCUGGGUUCAAGGCGAUUUGCUAUGCAAAGUGUUCUCUUUUUGUUCGGCUCUUCCAUUCCAUUUGUGGUCGAAUAUGGUGGCAGCGAUCGCUCUGGAUAUGCUCUGUUGUAUCACAAGCCCAUUGAGCAGCUAUCGAAAUGGUGCAAAUCGAGUCUCAUGGUUGAUCGCGAUUGCCUGGAUUUUAGCCAUUCUUUGCGCUUCGCCGAUGCUCCUAUUAAGAGGCACUGUGAAAAUCUAUCCUGACGAGGAUGAUUCCUAUGAGCAAUGCUAUCCAUUGAUACAGAAAUUCUCCGAAGAAGCUCUUGUCAUGUUCAACUUUUUCCAUGUAAUCACAACGUUUUAUGUCCCACUGACCAUCGUCGUCAUCUGCUAUUCGCUUAUUGGACUUUCGCUGAAGAAACAGAUGAACGAGCGAAAACUUCUCCAAGAUGGCGGGGAUAAGGGAAGAAAUUAUCGGCAUUCAAACACGAAAGUUCGCUUUCUUCGCGCCUCUUUGGCAAUCAUUUGCACUUUCUUUUUCACAUGGUUACCGUAUCAGAUCCUUGCCCUGCUUCGAGUCUUUUGUGGAGAAGGAGACACCGCGUGCACAGCCAUCAUCAGUAAACUCAAUUGGUUACAAGCAAUCAUCAUUGCAAGCACCUGUAUCAACCCUUUUUUGUAUCAAUUUGGAUCCGAUCGAAAAUCCCAUUGUUCGGCGAAUUGCUCGACUUUCGAAAGCACGGGAACUGUUGUGAAUGGAGUGAAAGUCUAUCAAAAUCCGAAUUCAGCGUGUUCUUCUGGAGUGAGAACAGAGCCGAACAUUUGCUCGGCAAAGAAGAAAGAAGCCAAAUUCAUGUAUCCAAGUCGAAAGACUUUCUCGAUACAU